UCCGCGUGCAAUAAAUUCUUCAGCUCUGACACCUCACCUCCAAAAACAGAGGAAGGACACACAAAAGGGGAAGAGAAGAAGAUGAAGCCCUCCUCCAUUUUGAUUUGCUCUUGAAUCUGCUCCACAAAAAUCUCUCCAAACCAUCAAUUCAUCCGUCGUCUGUCUGUCUCUUCCAGGUCCUCCUUUCCAUUCCGCAAGGGAAAAAAUCCAAAAAAAAAAAAGUCAGCAAAAAAAAUUUUCAGUUUUGCGAUUUCUGUUCCCCAAAUUCAUCCCCAGCCGGGGCGACCUCCAAGAACAGGAACACGACCUGUUCCUUGUCCCCUAGAUCUGCGUGGAGGCGGCGUGAAACCUUAAACCGGCAGGAGGGCUUGCGGUUGACAGGCCGGAGCGCGCCGCUCCGCCGUCAAAAUCCGUUCUUGGCGCCUGCCGGCGGCGUAUUUCCCGGUGGUAAAGAGGAGAGGAGAAGGCGGGACGGAGAUGGUGCCAUGGGAAGGGUACGUGAGCGACGAGACGAUGGGGACCUUCGCGCCCAUCCUGCUGUACUGGGUGUACGCCGGCGGCUACCAGCUGAUACUGCACCGGCGGCCGCUGGAGCGGUACAGGCUCCACACGCGGGCGGAGGAGGAGGAGAAGAACCUCGUCAGCCUCCCCGCCGUCGUGCGCGGCGUGCUCCUGCAGCAGCUCGUGCAGGCCAUCGUCGCGAUGAUCCUCUUCAUGGUUACUUCAGAUAGUACAGCAGUUGUAGUCCAGCCAUCUAUCAUUGUUCAAGCCUUCCAGUUUUUGGUUGCAAUGCUUGUGAUGGAUUCAUGGCAAUAUUUUGUGCACCGCUACAUGCACCAGAACAAAUUCCUAUACCGGCACAUCCAUUCACAACAUCAUCGGCUGAUAGUUCCCUAUGCCAUUGGGGCUCUCUACAACCAUCCAUUGGAGGGACUCCUUUUGGACACUGUGGGUGGCGCUAUCUCCUUCUUGGUAUCUGGCAUGACACCAAGGACUUCUGUGUUCUUCUUCUGUUUUGCUGUCCUCAAGACAGUUGACGACCACUGUGGACUUUGGUUGCCAUACAACAUCUUCCAGUCCUUGUUCCAAAACAAUACUGCCUAUCAUGAUGUCCACCAUCAGCUUCAAGGCUCAAAGUACAAUUAUUCUCAGCCUUUUUUCUCAAUCUGGGACAAAAUACUGGGGACCCACAUGCCCUACAACUUAGUCAGACGGACGGAAGGCGGAUUUGAAGCAAGACCACUGCGAGACUAGCUUGAACCGAUGGAAGUGUAUAGAACUCCAGCAACUCAGUGAGAUACAAUGCUCUACAUCCCUUUCAUAUGUUUAGAAGCUCAUAGGGACCAAUCUAACUUCGAAGAUGUUGAAGCUAUUCAAGUACUCCCAGAUCUUUUUUUUUCACGUAAGCAAAUGCCACUUUGGGAUUUGGGAAGAGAUUGAAGCUCUCGCGAUGCCUGUUCUUGCACCUGAUGUUAAUCUAGUUAGAGUGGUCACCUGGAAUGUGUGUGGUACUGUAUGGUUUGUCUUCAUGGCUUUCUUCUUAUCAUGGCUAUUUUUUGUGCAGAGCUGGCAUUUACAUUGCUGUGCAGAUAGUGUAUUUGAAAUCACACUUCUGUAUGUACCCCCAUUAUUUAUGUAACUGAAUAUCUGGGCAUGGUUGGUACCUUCAAAAUUCAAAAACCAAUCUUUAUCUACUACUCUAUAGUUUGUUUGAUCAAUCACAGAAACUUUGAUGGUA